AUGGGGAAUCCGUACUCUUACCCGGAGGUAUCAGAUUUUACGCUCAUGGUCGCUGGAGCUGGCGGCGGAGUAAUUGGUGCCGAGCGAGCGGGCUUCCUGGAGAUCUUCUUAGCUGCAAUUGUCACUUCAGGGUAUGGUGCCCUGCAAGGGUACACAUUAGAUAAACCCUCCAGAUCCGGAUUAACCACAGGGCCAGGAUUCUCUGCUGGAGUGGGAAUUACAAGAAUAGGAGCCACUGGCGUAGGAAGUACCGGUGGUUUGAUCGGAGAUGGGAUCUCCUCCAUUACUGACGCCAUUGCCGCUGGAUGCAAGGAGGGAGAAAUUCUGCAUGUGGAUGGAACUUGCGUAGUUCCUGAAGUGUCUAGGAAAGUUUUUGUUGUCGAUGUUCCCCAACAACAACAACUAUCAGGUCCUCCACCAAGUGUUCCUCCUCCUAAAGUGGAUCAUAAUAUUCUGUUUGUGCGUCUUCCUGAAGAAGGUCUUGCACCUGAACCUAUCGUUGUUCCUCCACCAAGGCAAAACAACAUUGUCUACGUCCUUAACAAGCAGAACGAGCAGGCUCAAAGGGUCAUUGAGGUUGAAGCUCCUCCACCUUCAGAGCCUGAAAUCUACUUCGUCAACUACGAUGAUGGAGAAAAUCCUACUCUUCCUGGAGGUAUCGAUCUUCUUACUGCUCUUGGAUCCGCUGCCGAGACUGGCGGAGAAGUAAUUGGUGCCGUAGGAGGCGCUGGUGCCGCUGGAGGUAUUGGUGGAGUCUCAGGUCUACAAGGAGGAGGCGCCGGACAAGGCGUCAAUGGCGGAAGCGGCGUUGGUCUUGCAGGUGGCGUCGGCGGAGGUGCCGGACACAGCGGUAUUAGUGGAGUUUCAGGACUUGGAGGCAACCAGGGAGUUUCUGGUGGAGUAUUUGGUGGAAAUAUCGUAUCAAAUGGUGGCUUUGGAAUCAGCGCAGGAAGUACUGGUGGACAAGUUCGACCAGGAUCCCAGGGUAAUUUUGGCACCCCAUCAGGCCUAUAUUCAACACCAUAGACGAUAAAACGACUACUUAUUGAACUGUACAAGAGUCUGUAUUAUUUAUUGAAGUAAUUACG